AUGAAGAACAUAAUUAUCCACUUAAUUUAUCACAAUUAUUUAAUGAUUUAUAGAUAUAUUGAUGAUUAUACAUUAAUACGACAUAAAAUUAUAUCUAAAACAUAUUUUAUUAAAAGUAAAGAUGAAGAAGAAACUUUUAAAUCAGAAGAAUAUAAUUUACCAAAGCUACCUCCUCUGAAAUUAAACAAAGAAAAUUUAUCUACAGAAACUGAAUAUGAUACAGAAUUAGAAACUUUACUUCGAGAAAAUAAAUCAGUAUUAUUAGAUACUAAUUGGGUUGAACAAAUUAGAGAAGCAUAUAUAAUAUCACUAAAUCCAAUAAAAAAUAUAAUAUUAAUUCAACUUGUGGAUCAGAUGCAAAAAGCAAUUCCUACUGCAGAAUGGGGAGAAAACUUUCAAUGGAAAGAAAAUAUAUCAUCAAAUACAGAUUUUUGGUUUGCAGAAGAAAUACAUGGAAUUAAUUUAACUUUGUAUUACGCAGAACAAAAUGAUGUUUUAGAAAACACAAUUGAAAUGAAAGAAAAAUUAAAAAAAUUUAUAAAUGAAUGUCAUGCAUUUAUACAUUACGAAAGACCAACAAAAUUUGAUGGUUUUGAUUGGUUUUUAUCUACGGUAUUUAUUAUUUGUAAAGGAGAUGUGAACAGAUGUAAAAUGUUUAUUACACAAUUAAUUCACUUCCCAGUAAUUCCCUUUUUGUGGACUAACUUUGGUAAAGUUAUAGAUAAAUAUACUAAACAAGAAUGUGCCACUCAAUAUAUAUUUAUGCAAUUUUUAGAAAGUAUUAUUAGCAAUGAACUUUCACAUAUUAAAUUUGCACUCAAGAAUAGUUCUGGAGUGGAUUGGUCCUUAAUAUGUAAUUUAAUGAUAUCCCAAUGCUUUUGGGGUUUACUUCCAUGGUCUCAAAUUAUGCAUUUUUUCGCAAUUUGUGUUUUGUUUUCUCCUGAUUACAUAAUAUACUAUUGUACAUCACUUCUAUAUCAUUGUCAAUUUCGAAUAAUGGAAAAUAUAACAAGUGGAAAACUAUGGCCAGAAAAUAUGGUUUUGGAUGAUUAUCAAUGUCAUAAUUAUAUUAGAUUUAUGGAUUCAUUAGAUAAAAGAUAUGGUAAUAAAAUUUUAACUAAUUUUUUAAUUAAAGAAUUCAAUUAAAAAAAUGAAA